AUGGCGGACGGCGUUGUCGGGGCUCUGAUCGGCAAGCUCGGUGCGGCCUUAACGAACAAGGCAGUAUCCUAUGGCGUGUCCCAGCUUUCCAAGGAAGCUUCUGAACUCACAGGUCUCGUUGGUGAGAUCUGCAAAGCCAAGGAGGAGUUGGAGAGCAUCAACGCCUACCUACAUGACUCGGAGAAGUUCAAGGAGACCAACGAGACAACCGGCAUCUUUGUCAGCAAGAUCCGGCACCUGGCUUUCCGGAUCGAAGAUGUUGUCGAUGAGUUCACCUACAAGCUUGAGGAUGACAAGCACUGUCGUCGAGCAUUUUCAACCGAGGUGAGGAAGAGGAUCAGGCUUGUGAGCAUCUGGAGCCGUCUGUCUCUUGAGCUCCGCAGCAUCAACAACGAGCUUGAAGACGCUAUUAGGAGGAGGAACCGUUAUGCUAUGCCAGGGAUGAUGGAGAGAAACGUUGGAGGCUACGAUUGUCAUGUCAGAUAUACUAAUCAAACUACGUGUUUUGCGAGGGAAGAAGACCUUGUGGGUAUAGAGGAUAAUGUUGAGAAGCUGACACACUGGCUAGUUGGUGAUCUGGACGAAAAGAGAAACAGAAUCGUCACGGUUUGGGGAAUGGGUGGAGCCGGCAAAACUACUCUGGUUCAUCAGGUCUACAAGGCUGUGAAGGAGGAUUUUGACAGUGCUGCAUGGGUAACAGUGUCAAAGAGCUGCAAAGUUGCUGACUUGCUGGCAAACAUUGCUAGAGAGUUCGGCAUCUCAGGUGAUGCCAGGAACAUGGAACUGAUAAGGCUAGUUGAGGUCAUCUGCAGCUAUCUUAAAGGUAAAAGGUACUUACUAGUCUUGGACGAUGUUUGGGAAAAGGAUUCAUGGAUUAAUAUCAUGGAUGUCUUUCCGACAAAUUGCAUGAGCAGGUUUGUUCUCACAUCAAGAAAGUAUGAAGUUGCAUCAUUAGCGACUAGUAACUGCACAAUUAAGUUGGAACCACUAGAGGAAAAUCUCUCUUGGAAGCUAUUUUGCAAUGUAGCUUUUCGGGAUGAUGUCGGCAAAAGGUGCCCAUUGGAGUUACAGGAUUUGCCUGCAAAGUUCUUGCAAAAGUGUGAAGGCUUGCCUCUUGCUAUUGCUUGCAUAGGCCGAUUACUGUCUUGCAAACCUCCAACCUACGCAGCAUGGAAGAAUAUGUACGAGGAGUUACAGUUGCAGUCAACGAAAAAUGUGAUUCCAGGUGUUGACAUGAUUCUAAAAGUGAGCUUGGAAGACCUUCCAUAUGAAUUAAAGAAUUGCUUCUUACAUUGUGCAAUGUUUCCAGAGGAUUAUCAAAUUAAGAGGAGGAGGUUAAUUAGGCACUGGAUUACUGCCGGAUUCAUCAAGGAAAAAGAGAACAAAACACUGGAGCAAGUGGCAGAGGGGUACUUAAAUGAACUUGUCAACCGAAGCCUACUACAAGUCGUGAAGACGAAUGAGUUUGGGCGAGUGAAAUGUUGCCGAAUGCACGAUGUUGUUCGCUCUAUUGCCCUAGACAAGGCAGAGAAAGAAUGUUUUUGUAAAAUUUACGACGGCUCGGGAACAUCUUGUAUAGGCAUCACGCGUCGACUGUCGAUACAACGCACCGCCGAUAUUGCAAUGCUGAGUCAAUCUGGUGCAACCCAUAUCCGAGCAAUCCAUGCUUUCAUGAGCUAUAUUGAUAUUGAUUUGUUGAGGCCUAUCCUUUCAUCUUCAUCUCUGCUAUCAACACUGGAUUUGCAAGGUACUACAAUCAACAUGCUGCCUGAUGAGGUCUUCAGCUUGUUUAAUCUACGGUUUUUGGGUCUUAGACAUACAGGAGUUGAGAUUAUACCUGAGGCAGUAGGAAGGCUACAAAACUUAGAAGUACUAGAUGCUUUUGGUACUGCUCUGCUCUCAUUACCACAGGCUGUAACACAACUAAAGAAGCUCAGGUUCCUGUAUGCAAAUGCAAGGCUCGCAGAAGGAAAUCUAGCACGUGUCGGUGGAGUUGAGGUGCCUAGGGGCAUGAUGAACUUGACUGAACUGCGUGCUCUGCAAAGUGUCAAAGCAAGCUUAGAGACUCUACAUGAUGUUGCAGCUUUGACGGAGCUAAGAACAUUUACAAUUACCGAUGUGACCAGUGAGCACUCCUUGAGCUUGUGCAAUGCUAUCACGAACAUGAGCCAUCUUGUCAGCCUCUCAAUUGUAGCAUCAAAUGAAAAUGAAGUGUUACAGUUGGAAGAACUACAGUUACCUGAAACUCUUUCUAAACUUGAAUUGAUAGGGCAGCUGGAAAAGAAAAGGAUGCUUCAGAUCCUCUCGUCUUGGUCGCACCUCCACAACCUCACUCGGUUGUCUCUGCUAUUCUCUAGACUUGAUGAUGAAGACUCAUUUUCUAGCCUCGCGGUGUUACAUGGUUUAUGUUUUCUUGAACUUGGUAAUGCUUAUGAUGGGAAGAAGCUGCACUUCUCUGCGCUGUCGUUUCCUGCACUUCAAAAGCUGGGAAUCUGGGGUGCUCCGCAGCUCAGCCGAGUCGAGAUCGAGGAGGGUGGACUGAAAAAACUUGUCAAGCUAUGGUUCUUGGAUUGCCCAGAACUGAAGCACCUCCCUCACGGCAUUGAGUACCUUACAUCCCUUGAGGAUUUGUAUGUGUACGACACUGCACAGGAGCUUAUACAGAAGCUGAGGCAGGAAGCAAAUGAUUGCGAUGAAUUACAUGUGAAGAUUAGCCACAUUAGAAGGGUUAGUGUUAAAUCAACUAAGGACAACACGUGGGAAAGAAUUCGCUGGCAAAGAUGCCGCCAUUCUCAGAGGUAA